UCUAGUUAGACCGCAUCGCUUCUUGCCUCAUUCCUUUCUUCAUUCCCUCAUUCCUUUCCUCAUUCUUUUUCAUACCCUCAUAAUUACCAUGGGUUGCAAAAGUUCCAAACAUCUCGACAACGGGUCAUCAGUCCAACACAGCGCGCAGGCCCACCACCAGCAACAGCAACCUGCUUACGGCCUUCCACAGCAGAUGUUGCCACCCUCAACCUUGCCUCAAGGAUGGGUCUCGCAAUUCGACGCCAACAAACAACGCCUGUACUAUGUGUACCCGCAGACGGGACUUGUCACCUGGACUCACCCAUUGGGAGCACAGGCAGAUGCCCAAGAGAUGGCACGGUUCAAUCAGAUUCGUCAGUUGCAGCAGCAACAGUAUGGAAGUGUAAACCAGAGCUCCUUUGCGGAUUCUUAUAACCGCCAGGGAGGCAUGGGAGCAGGCGCAGGGCUGGCUAUGGGCAUGAUGGCCGGUGGUGCCAUGGGUUUAAUGGCAGGAAGUAUGCUGACAGGCGGUAUGCACGGGGGUUAUUCGAACGAUGUCAUUCCUGCGAGCACAGACUACGGCGGUGGGGAUUUUGGCGGUGGAGAUUUUGGCGGCGGGGAUUUUGGUGGAGGUGACUUUGGUUUCUAAGGACUCCUCGACAACCAGGAAGCGCACGAGAUAGCCGGUACACGGAGACCUACUAUGAUUACGAAUAAUAUAAUGACGACUUUAUAC